GACAAAUUUGCAAAUACACCGGAGGCACCGAUGGAAGACAAAAAUUAUGAUACAAUAAUUAUUGGAGCUGGACUUAGUGGAUUGUGUGCUGCAAGACAGUUACAGAAAAAUGGCGAGGGUGUUUUGGUGCUGGAGGCCAGGGACAGGGUUGGUGGAAGAACCUAUACAAUGAAGGAUGCAGAGCAUGGAUCCAUCGAUUUAGGAGGGGCGUAUGUUGGACCUACACAGAACAGAAUUUACCGACUGUGUAAAGAACUUGAUCUGGAGCUAUACACUGUUGAUGAAAAAGAUUAUACAGUGAUGGAUCUGAAGAGUUGCUGGGGCAAAUUUAAAGGGAGUGUGCCACCUUUUUGGAACCCAUUUAAACUCCUAGAUCUUAAUCAUUUCAUCAGGACAUUUGAUAUUAUGGCAAAACAGGUACCACCUGAUGCACCUUGGACUGCAAGAAAAGCAAAACAAUGGGACUCAAUCACAGUAGCACAGUUUAUUGAUCAAAUAUUAUGGACUAGGUCAGCAAAAGAAGUUGCAGAUAUACUAAUGAAAUCUGUGUUCUGUGCCGAAUCGACAGAAAUUUCACUUCUCAGUGCCCUCUGGUACUUCAACUGUGGUGGGGGUAUACUCAGACUUGGCUCAGUUACAAAUGGUGCUCAGGAGAAGAAAGUUAUGGGAGGAACACAACAGAUAUCUGAAGGACUAGCAAGGCUUUUAGGAGAUUGUGUAAAGCUCAGUACUCCAGUUGUUUAUGUAAAAUAUGAUGGCAAUAUAGCCACAGUAAGAGAUGCACAUGGAAAUGUUUAUCAGACAAGAUAUGUGAUAAGUUCAGUACCACAGCCUCUUCUCAACAGAAUAGAGUUUGACCCUCCGUUGCCAUGGGAACGGAUACAGCUCAUGCAGAAGAUGCCAAUGGGAUCAAUCAUCAAAACAGUGAUGUUUUAUAAAACACAGUUCUGGAGAAAGUUAGAUCUAAAUGGUAUUGCAAUGUCAUCAGAUGGGGUAUGUGCUUAUUGUAUAGAUGAUACAAAACCUAAUGGUAAACAUCCAGCAAUCAUGGGGUUCAUAUUGGCCGACAGGGCAAGAAAAAUGGCUUGCACCACUCCUGAAGAUAGAAAGCAAGCAUUAUGUGCACACUUUGCUUGGGUGUUUGAUUGUGAUGACUUCUUACAUCCUAUUGGGUACAGAGAAUAUAACUGGAUGGCAGAUCAGUACUCAGGAGGGUGUUAUACUUCUGUGAUGCCACCCAAGGUGCUCACACAGUAUGGAAGGUGUCUUAGAGAACCAGUAGGCAGGGUGUAUUUUGCUGGUACAGAAACUGCAACUGUCUGGGCAGGGUACAUGGAUGGAGCGGUACAGGCAGGAGAAAGAGCUGCUAAUCAGAUUCUUUAUGCAGAUGGUAAAAUAUCAUCUUAUGAAGUAGACAGGGUUGAACUGGAAUCUGUAGAUUAUCCAGCGCAGCCAAUACCCUUCAGCUACAUAGAAUAUUACCUGCCAAGCAAUACAGCCCUUCUGCGAUUUGGCAUAGCUAUUGGAUUAGGUUUUAUUGGAAUUAGCACAUAUGUGUUUUUCUUUAGUUGGAAAGGUGCUUUGUUUUGGAAAUGGUUUCAGUGGCAAUACAAUCUUGACGAGAAGGAUAUGUGGAAGUUGUCGAAAUAUUUCAGAAUACCUUCUCGUUUUUAUAGGCAUGUCUCUAAAUUUUAAUCUACACAGUUUAUAUUGUUGAUUUAAGGGCUUAGUUCUCGGGUAUAUUUGAUACUUUUCUGAAGAUGAUGCGCGAUGUGCUAUGGAAAUGGAUGGAUGCCUCAAUAUAACUAUCCUCCUAUGCAAAUAUUAAUAUCAUUCUGUCCAUUAACUUCCCAUAGUUACACGUCACUUUAACGCAAAGUCUUUGGUUUUCUAGGUCAGUGAACAAGGCUCAACAUUGACCAUUAAAUCAGGACUUGGUCCUAUAUUACUGACGUUAAACGUUGAAUUUUGAUACGGCUAUAUAUGCUAUUUUCAAAAAACAUUGGUUAGUUUCUCAGUUUAUAAUACGUUAAAUAUCUUAUAAUCUAGUAUGUAAACUCUAUUCAGUUUAUAACUGUUAUUGAAUAUAUAUAAUUAUGUUAGUCGGCAUAAAUUUCUUGGUGGUUUUCUACGGUAAUGGCAUACAACAUUCAGAGCCACUCUGUCAUUAUAGUGUAUUUAUACAUCUGUCCGUCUCUCGUUCCACGAAACUGUGAUCACUUACUGGUCGUCAUUCUCGCAUACCAGAAGUCUACCAUGGUUCCCCGGAUGAACGGGAUUUUGAUGCACCUCUGAUGGAUGAGAAUGACUGUUUGUUAGUUUGAGGUUAUUCUUAGAACCUGGGACCACCCCAAACCAAAAUAAAAAAAGAUUGCAGCCAUGUAAUAUAAUGGAAAUUAAGUUUGUGGAGAAGUCUUUCUGUGCAAGCUUGCAGUGGGCAUCCUGCGAUCUUAAUACUAUUUAAGAUUGCGACUAAGCUUGCGAUAGAAAUUAGUUUGCGGAGAAGUCUUGCUUCGCAAGCUUGCAGCAGGCAUCCUGCGAUGUGCUUCGCAAACUUGCAGCAGACAUCCUGCGAUGUUAAUACUAUUUAAGAUUUUGUAACCGUUUUAAAACUCUUUUUUAGUUCACUGAUACAUAUAAAAGGGAGGUAAUAUGUUAAACCAAAUAUUUAACUUUUUAUGUCAAAAUACUUUGCUUUAAAAAAUACUAUCCCUGAUAUUUAAGUUUUUAUCUACUGAUCACUACAAAUAUUGUUUCAUGAAAGUGCGCAAGUUUUAUAAACUGUGCAGUUUGUCAAAUUAAAAGAAGUAUAUAAUUAAAUUUUUAGACUCCAACAUUAUUUAAACUGUCUUAAAAACCUUAGAAUAAGGUGGAGGAAGACAGUGUAGUUUGCAAGCUUACACAAUGAUACCAAGGUUGGGCGAGACUUGCAAAUGUUUUUGUCUACACCCAUAUUAGUGUGCGUAAGCUUGCAAGAUUGUGCAAUUAAGAUCGCUAGGGUUCCAGUCGCAAGCAUGCGCAACCUUACAAGCAUGCAAGAUCUUAAUUAAGUUGCAGGAAGCGCGCGAAUUAGUUUACAAAAGCUUAAAUUAUGGUUGCAAUGGUUCCAUUCGCAAUCAUGCUGCAUGCUAAAACAACCCCUUUUAGGAUUUUCAUGAAACUUGUGUCAAACGAUCACCUCAUCUAGACGAUGUGCAGAAUUCAUGGGUCAGCCAUGUCAGUUUAAGGUCAAGGUCACAGCUCAAGGUCAAAGGUUUACCCUUUCACUAUCCAUACCAGUGGCGGGGGAUUUAGCUGUCUUUCAGACGGCCUUGUUAUAAGAUGUUAUUCGCUCAGAUGUCUUUCCAGUUGAUAGCACUUCAUUUAAGUAGAUACAGUAAACAAAAUUUAAUACAGAUAUUUUAAAGAUAUUCUGAUAUAGGAAUAGUAUAACUUUGUCAUAUAUCGUUUCUUGUAAUUGUUUGAACUGAAUUAAAUUGAACAAUGUUAGUUAUUUGCUGAUUUAUUAAUGAUCUUUUUAGAGUUUUUGAAAUAUAUUUGAGAAUCAUUUUAACAGUUGUUACAAAUGCUUGUUGUAUCUAAGUUAAAGGGAAUGGACUCCAGAUUUUGUCGAAAAAUAAUCUCUUUAAAAUUGAAGUUUGAUCACACUAAGAACAUCAGAACAUGAGUAUUUUUUUCUUAACUACCUUACUGCCCGAGUUGGGAGUCGAAUCCUGGCCGCUUCAGCAAUAAACAUUUUCUGGCGUCUUAGACCAGUAAACCACGGAGCAGUUAUAAAAUCUUUCCCGCGUUCCUGGACCAAUAAACCACGGAGUAAUUAUAAAACCUUUCUGGCGUCCUAGACGGCUAAGACCAAUAAACCACGGAGCAUUUAUAAAAUCUUUCCCAUGCGUCCUAGACCAAUAAACCACGGAGUAAUCUUAAAACUCUCCGGCGUCCUAGACCAAUAGACCAAUAAAGCACGGAGCAAUUUUUAAAACUUUCCGGCGUCCUAGACCAAUAAACCACGGAGCAAUAUUACUUAACGGGCGUUAAAUACAAAUCUUUAUAUUUAAGACAGUUUACCUCCGGUACUCCGUUACAAAAGGCUUUUCAAUUUUGAAUGGAGAAAAUAAUAAAAACAAGAUAUUCUCACGAGUUCCCAUAACAUACAAUCUGUAAAGCAAGUUUUCAAAACCUUAAGAAGUACAGCAAUAAUUUCCUCAUAUCUAAUAAAAUUGUUUUAUUUUUUGUUGUCGUACGAUAUGGAGGUCAGUACCUUUUAUCAAUACUUUAUGGUAUUAUGUGUCUACUAAUAACUAUGCGAAUUGUUUGCCCAGUAUUAUGGGUAUUUUUAAGACUGUUUAUAUAAGGAUUUUAACAGUAUAUUUUUAUAUAUUUCAUUGUUAUUACGGUAUGUUUUUGACGAUAUGAAAUAAAAGAUUGUCAUUCUAAA